AUGUACGUACAUCGACCGGAGGGUGUUACAAGUAAAGACUAUGUUAUUGGUUUUAUUAUGACACUUUUGGCUGCAGCUUUGUAUGGACUUAUUUUGCCUUGUAUUGAGUUGAUGUAUUUGAAGGCAAAACAAGCUAUUACUGCAACAUUGCUGUUGGAGAUUCAAAUGGUCAUGUGUUUUGCCUCUACUGCUUUUUGCACAAUUGGAAUGAUUGCUAACAAAGAUUUUCAGGCAAUAUCAAGGGAAGCAAAACAUUUUAACCUUGGAGAAGGUAGAUAUUACAUAGUUGUAAUAUGGAGUGCCAUAAUUUGGCAAUGUUUCUGUGUUGAUGCUGUUGGAGUUAUUUACCUCUCUUCUUCUUUAAUGUCUGGAGUUAUGAUUGCAGUUUUACUGCCAAUUACUGAAGUAUUAGGAGUAAUUUUCUUUGAUGAAAAAUUCUCAGCUGAAAAGGGACUUUCACUUUUUCUUUCUCUUUGGGGUUUUGUUUCUUAUUUUUAUGGAGAAUUUAAACAAGCAAAGAAACUUGAGAAGAAGAAAAUUCAAGAAAAUGAGCUGACAACAACAACACAAAUAGAACAUGUUUGACUUACUAUUUAUGGUUGUUACCUAUCCUAUUGUAUCGUAUAGUUAAAUUCGUCGUUAUAUAAUGAUGAAAAGUGUCAUUUUAUGUAAUGACUAGCUUAAUGUUGUCGUGAUGUUACCUUGUUUUCUGAUUACUUGGUAGUA